AGAUAAAGUCAUAAAGAAAAUCUACAAUUCUUUGAGAUUGAUUUUGUUUUGACUCUUGUUUACCAUCCUCGUUAGUCAUUUCUCUGCCCCUCCGUAAUCCAAUUUUUUCCUGUGACCAGAACACACACAGAGAUAUAUAUCACAUACAUUGAAGAUGGUGUGCAGAAGCUGCAUGCUUGUGUUUGUAAUCCUUGGGGCUUAUGUAGCAGUCUCAGAAUCUCUGAGAUUUGAUCUGGAAUCAGGUCAUUCCAAAUGCAUCUCUGAAGAGAUCAGAGUGAAUUCCAUGACUGUUGGCAAGUAUUCUAUUGUUAAUCCAAAUGAUAAUCAGCCUCUCCCUGAUUCUCAGAAAAUCAUUGUCAGGGUAUCAUCUGAACAUGGGAGAAGCUAUCAUUCUGCAGACAAUGUGGAGUCUGGACAAUUCAGUUUUCAGGCAGUGGAGUCGGGUGACUAUGUUGCUUGCUUUUUGGCUGUCGAGCAUAAGCCUGCUACUGCAAUGACUGUUGAUUUUGAAUGGAAGUCUGGUAUUGCUGCUAAAGAUUGGACUAAUGUUGCCAAAAAAGGCUCAGUCGAUGCCAUGGAAUUGGAGGUGAAGAAACUCUUAGAAACUGUCACAUCUGUCCAUGAAGAAAUGUUUUAUCUUCGUGAAAGGGAACAAGAGAUGCAGAAACUUAAUACAGCAACCAACUCCAGUAUGAGUUGGCUCAGUUUGCUUUCACUUGUGAUUUGCUUGUCUGUCUCGGGGCUGCAGGUGUGGCAUCUAAAAUCAUUCUUUGAGAAGAAGAAGAUUAUUUAACUUGCAUUCUUAUGGUCUUGUAUAAAUUUAAUCGAGCGCAUAGCUUCAAAUAUUAUGUUCUUUACGCCAAAAUGUUUGACUUGAAGAAUGUAUAAAAAUGGCAGUACUGCAUAAUUGCUCAUCUCCCUGCCCCCAUCCUUCUAUGGAAGUUUUGAAGCUUAGGAUAAUUAGUUACGCGUUCUUAAUG